UUGUUUUAGAGAUGUCCAUCUAAACAAUUUACUAUCGUUAAAAAGGUAUUAACAAAAUCUGUGUAGCUUGUUGAAUGAUUUAGCUUCAAAUCAAAUAAUAGUUAUUAAAAGUUAGAUGGUGUGUAUGUGUAUAAUUAGUAAAUGUUGUGAAAUUUCUUAGAAGAAAGUGCAUGUAAACUUUUUUAUGGUAGUUAUUUAAAUAAUUUUUUAUAACAAAAUUACAUCAGUUUUGAAGGGAAUUCGUCAAGAAAUAUAGGUAAUACCAAGUAACUAUUUUGUUACAAUUUGGCGCGGAUGAAUAAAUGCCAUGCGCGCUACGGCUAUGACCCAGUUUCAAGCCCUCUUCCAUAAGAAGUGUAGGUCUUUUAUUGUGAGGUUGUGUCUCCUACCAACAGGGUCACACAACCCACUUUUUCGUGAUUAAAAGUAGUUAAAACGCCAAAAAAAUUAUAAAACUUUAAAAAUACAAAAAAAUAGUAAAAUAUUAUAAAAAAAAUUAAACAAAUUGUUCGUUUAUCGUUCGUUUGUGAAGAAGUGCAACGUGGUCUGGGAUAGGACUCUGACGUACUGUGAGCAUUCGUUCGAAGCAAUUUGUGAGCCCCGUUCUUUUUAUUCGGUUUGUGUUCUUGUCGAAGCUUUAGCAAACAGCAAAAAUGAAUACAGGACCAGGAGGACCUAAUUACCCCAUGGCAUCUUUAUAUGUGGGUGAUCUGCAUUCAGAUGUUACCGAAGCAAUGCUGUUCGAAAAAUUUUCAUCGGCUGGACCCGUACUUUCUAUUAGAGUAUGCAGAGACAUGAUCACUCGAAGAUCAUUAGGUUAUGCAUAUGUCAAUUUCCAACAACCUGCAGAUGCUGAACGCGCUUUGGAUACUAUGAAUUUUGACAACCUUAAGGGUCGUCCAAUUCGUAUAAUGUGGUCACAACGUGAUCCUUCUCUCAGAAAAUCUGGCGUGGGCAAUGUCUUUAUUAAGAAUUUAGACAAAAGUAUUGACAAUAAGGCUAUGUAUGACACUUUCUCAGCUUUUGGCAAUAUUCUCAGUUGCAAAGUGGCACAAGAUGAAAAUGGCGUUUCCAAAGGAUAUGGUUUUGUCCAUUUUGAAACCGAGGAAGCUGCCACUAAGUCGAUAGAUAAAGUGAACGGCAUGUUGCUCAAUGGUAAAAAGGUUUUUGUUGGUAAGUUCAUUCCACGAAAAGAACGUGAAAAGGAAUUAGGUGAAAAAGCCAAACUGUUUACCAAUGUAUAUGUUAAAAAUUUUGGGGAAGACUUUACUGAUGACAUGCUGAAAGAGAUGUUUGAGAAAUAUGGACCAAUUACCAGUCACACUGUUGUUGUAAACAAAGAUGGCAAGUCUCGUGGCUUUGGUUUUGUUGCUUUCGAAGACCCAGAAGCUGCUGAAAGAGCAGUUGAAGAUCUGAAUGGAAAAGAGCUUAUUGAAGGAAAACCACUAUAUGUAGGAAGAGCGCAGAAAAAAGCUGAGCGUCAGCAAGAAUUAAAACGGAAAUUUGAACAACUCAAAAUGGAGCGUAUGAACCGUUAUCAAGGCGUCAACUUAUAUGUUAAAAAUCUAGAUGAUACUAUAGAUGAUGAAAGAUUGAGGAAAGAAUUCUCUCCUUUCGGAACCAUCACUAGUGCAAAGGUCAUGUUAGAGGAAGGGCGUAGUAAAGGAUUUGGCUUUGUAUGUUUUUCAUCUCCCGAAGAGGCUACCAAAGCAGUAACUGAAAUGAACGGUCGUAUUGUUGGUACGAAACCUUUAUAUGUUGCUCUUGCUCAACGUAAAGAAGAUCGUAAAGCUCAUUUAGCAUCUCAAUACAUGCAAAGAAUGGCCAAUAUGCGUAUGCAACAGAUGGGACAGAUCUUUCCUACUGGUGGUACAGGGGGCUAUUUUGUUCCUACUUUACCUCAGCCCCAAAGAUUUUUUGGACCUGCUCAAAUGGCACAAAUGCGCCCUCAGCCCCGUUGGCCAGCUCAGCCUCAAGUCAGACCCAGCACACAAGCAGCUGCAUCAGGAUUUCCCAAUAUGCAAGGCCCAUUCAGAAGUGGACCACGAGGUCCAGGUGCUGCUGGCGGUGGUGGCGGCCCAGGAAGUGCCGCCGCUGCUGCUGCAGCCAUGCGCUCAUCUAUCAGUGCUGCUGCUGCAGCUGUGGCAGCGGCUGGGCGACCAACAGCCAAUGCUGCUGCUGCUGCCGCUGCCGCUGCUGCAAACCCAGCUGUCGCCCGGCAAUUGGCCCAAGGAGGUUCUCAGGGUGCCCCUGUAUCUGUGUCUGCUCAAGGCCGUCCUGCAAAUUACAAGUACACCGCGAACAUGCGCAACCCACCCCCAAUGGGAGGUGGAGCAGGAGCAGGUGCAGGUGGACCUCCACAGCAAGCCCUACACAUUCAAGGACAGGAACCACUCACCGCAAGCAUGUUGUCAUCAGCAAACCCUCAGGAACAGAAACAAAUGCUUGGAGAAAGGCUCUUCCCCCUUAUCAGAAGUAUGUACCCCGAUCUGGCUGGUAAGAUUACAGGAAUGUUAUUAGAAAUUGAUAACUCAGAAUUGCUACACAUGCUGGAGCAUCAUGAGUCCCUCAAGGCCAAGGUCGAAGAGGCUGUCGCUGUACUACAGGCCCACCAGGCUAAGCAAGCUGCUGCAUCUGUCAAAAAAGAAUAAGAGAAGUAAAUUAUUAUGGGUUAGGCUAGGCCCAUGGCCAGGCAUAACUUUAGGAAUGGGGGAAACCCGACCACGCUCUCUUCAUUCGCCCCUUUCACCUAUCGAAAAGAAUAAAGGAACAGAAAUAAUGCCUUAAACUUAAAAAAAACAAAAAAUUUGCUAAAAACAUAAAAAAGAAACAAGUAACAGUCUUGAAACAAUUUUUAUAAAUAUUAACAGAUCAUUUUCAGUAAUCCCCUUUUGCCCAUGAUGUCUUCAGGCGAGGAUAUUUUUUUUAUUCUCAAAUUAUGUUCUCCCAUUCCUGUUCGAAAUUUAUUUUUGUAAUUUUCCUUUUUCUUUCUUUUCUUUUUUUUACAACUAUUAUUUCUAUCUUUCUUGUGACAUUGCAGCGUAUUGACAUUAUUUUUAAUCUUAAUUGUAAUCUUGAUUUGUUUUGUAUUAUUUUCUUGGUUCUUAAUUAUUAUUAUUGUAUUCAUACUAUUAAUUAUAUUAUAAUGGUGUCUUUGUUCAAUAAAUCUUUGCAUUUAUUUGCAACAUUAAAAUGUUUUGGUAAAUUUUAUGUAUUUCUUUUAAUUGGAAGUUAUUCUGGAUAUUGUUUUAUGACCAUUGUGGUGCUGUGGUGGAAAAAAAAAUUAAAAAAUCAUCUUUUCCUUUUAUUAUAUUUUUUACAUUUUAAAGUAAAACAUUCCGUAGUUUUUCCUGAAUAUGAAUUGAUAUUUUGACUUCAUCACAGCAACCAGUUAUUAAAUUAAAAUUGAUUUUUUUACAUCAAGUUAUAUCAAUUUUCUUGAUUUAACUUAAAUAUUCCACUCCUGUUUUCCAUUAUAUUAAAAUACCCUUAAGUCCUUAUUUCAUUUACACGAGCUUAGAAACAUUUACAAAAACUGAAAAUGUGGAUUAUCAGUUGUUAUUGUUUUCAUUAUUAUCCUGUGUUUAUUGCUUAAAAUUUUAUGUAAGAUGCUUGUCAGUCACUGGACUUAAAGUAUUUUUUUUAUAAAAACUGAUGAAAAAAAAAAUUCCUUUUAAAAAAAUAGUAAAAACAUCCACAUUACGUUGAAGUGUUUCGGUAUUAAACAUAUUAAUAAAGUGAGUUAACAUUUCCUUUUUAUUGUGUUUAGUACCCAGUUAAUAUUGCUGGUUUAAAAGUUGUAUAUGUUUUCUAUUUAUGUGGAAUGAAAAACAUGUAAAAAAAUGAAACUAUGUUAACACAUACAAUUAAAAAAAUGAUUGAAUAAAAAUGUUUUUUUUUAUUUUAUCCUCUAUCACCAUUGUA